AUGGGCACCUGGGGAAGGUGGGCCUGGUGUCCAGGGGCCGUCAACCUUCCCGACUCGCUGUCCUGGGCUCCAGGGCAACCGGACAACGCCCAGCCUGAUGAGAAUUGCCUCCACUUGCAAGUGACGAAAAAUGCGAGCGGAAUACUUUUGUCAGACCGGAACUGCAGCCAUAAAUUCGUCAUGGCUUGCCAGGGUGCUGACGUGAUGAUCACGCCCGACUGCUACAUGCCAAUCUGUCCGAUGGAGUGUAAUCUUUUCGUUCAUGGCCAGUGGAAUGCCGGUUGUGGAAAGGAUUAUCUCUUUUCGGCUGCAACUCUGGAUUGGUUUGGCGCGUGGAAAUAUUGCUGCUCCGUUGGAAUGAAACUGGCAUCAAUUGAAGCUCUUGAGGAAUUGAGUUGUCUUACAAAAAUGGUUGCGAAAUAUCCGAAAGCAUUCUACCCUGAUCAAUGUGGAAGGGAUUUCUGGACAUCUGGCACCAACCGCGGUUGUCCAGGAGCUCACUUCUGGUGUUCAGAAAAUGAAAAAUUGAACAAGGAAGAAAUAGCCAACUGGAAAAACGGGAAAAUGCCCUCGGAGAGUGCCGAUCAGUGUAUUUUCAUAAAUUUGUCAAAUUCGACUUUGAGUAAAACCUACUUGGGCGCUGACACUUGUACCAAGCAAAAACCGUUUCUUUGCGAGGCCUUACAACCGGGCACAAAUUCGAUACAAAUCGCGCGCACUUGCAAGGAAAUUUGGAAUGUGACAGAAAAUGAAGUGAAUAAGAUAAUCAUGAAUGCAACAGGCAACGUCGUCAACCAAAGACGCAAUAUCAAAUGUUAUCUUAGGUGCUGCGGGAAAAAAGGAAACGUGAUAAAAACCGGGUCACUGGUGACGGAUAAUAUUUUGCGCAACUUAGAGGACUUGACGGCCGACGACCCGCAGGCCAUGCAGGAUGGCUUUGGAAAUUUUGAUUCCUGCACCUCCAUUCAGUCCACUGACGAAUGCCACACGAUGGCCCAGAUGUUCCAGUGUGGAAAGAAAAAUGAUCCGGACCUGACUUUAGGACUCGUCACUGCCAUCAAAGGAGACGCCACUGUUUCAGUUACUGCUGCAGGGGGAAUUAAAACCGGCGAGAGAGUGUGUCCUGUGUAUCCGAAAUGUGUACCAAAUGUAAUCUUGCAAAUUUGA